UUACUGAUUAUUUUCCAGUUUGAGGACAUGUUUCAUAUAAAAACCACAACAUUGUAAUAAAACUGAGUCUUUAGAGCUGACAGUCACUGCUGAUCUGAACUGAGGCUGUUUUAGUGACAGCAGGUGGGUGUUAGAGCUCAUAUUCCCACCAAGCUUCAACUCAACUACAUUUCCCAGGGUGCACUGCGCCGAGCCCAACAUUCCUGUGGAACGCGCCUGCGUAUCCAGACGUGGCACGGCAUCAUGGCCUCCUGGAUCCGCUACAGGAGAAGGAUGAGAGGAGAGAAAAUGUUGUCGCUGGUGCUGCUGGUGUGGAUGCUGUCGUUGCUGGAAGCUGUGAAGGUGUCGCCUCUCAUAGAGAAAGUCAGUGACCACAAAGACUUCAAGAAGCUGCUCAGGACCAGAACCAACGUUCUGAUACUCUACACAAAGACAGCAACAUCGGGCGACUCCCACCUGAAACUGCUGUCUGACGUGGCCCAAACUGUAAAGGGCCAAGGGACGAUUGCCUGGGUCAACUGUGGAGACUCUGAAGGCCGUAAAGUUUGUAAGAAAGUGAAGGUGGACCCGAGCUCCAAACAUGGAGGAGCAGAGCUGCUGCAUUACAAAGACGGGACGUUCCACACAGAGUACAACAGACCUGCUACCUUUAAGUCUAUGGUAGCAUUUCUGAAAGACCCAUCGGGACCCCCACUGUGGGAGGAAAACCCUGAGGCCAAAGAUGUCGUCCACAUCGAAACAGAAAAAGACUUUAGGAAGCUUCUGAAGAAAGAGGAAAAGCCAGUUCUCAUGAUGUUCUAUGCUCCAUGGUGUGGGGUUUGCAAGAGAAUGCAGCCAGUUUUUCAGCAAGCAGCCACAGAGACAAAAGGAAAAUAUAUCUUGGCGGGGAUGAAUGUGCACCCGGCUGAGUUUGACGGCCUCAAGCAGGAGUUCAGUGUCAAAGGAUACCCCACCUUCUGCUACUUUGAGAAGGGGAAGUUCCUUCACCACUAUGAAAACUACGGAGCUACCGCCAAGGAUAUUGCAGACUGGCUGAAGAAACGCUACCUGUCUCUAUUUGGGUGUGGCCACUGCAAAAAAAUGAAGCCAGAGUACGAUGAAGCUGCUGAAAUACUCAACAAGGCUGCAGACAGUCCAGGUGUGUUGGCAGCAGUCGACUCCACGGUGCACAAGGCUGUGGGAGAUCGCUACAAGAUCUCUGGUUUCCCCACUGUGAAGUAUUUUGAGAACGGUGAGGAGAUGUACACUCUGCCACACCUCCGGACCAAAGACAAGAUCAUUGAGUUCUUACACAAUCCCCAGGCACCUCCACCACCAGAACAGUCCUGGGAGGAGAAGCCCUCCAGUGUCAGCCAUCUUGGUUCUGAGGAUUUUAGAGAAGCUCUAAAGAAGAAGAAACAUGCUUUGGUCAUGUUCUACGCUCCCUGGUGUCCACACUGUAAAAAUUCCAUCCCUCACUUCAGCACAGCAGCAGAUCUCUUUAAGGAGGAUCGUAAGAUCGUGUACGCUGCUGUGGACUGCACAAAAGGACAGAACCAUGAGCUUUGUAAGCAGGAGGGGGUCGAGGGCUACCCCACUUUCAACUACUACAACUAUGGCAAGAUGGUGGAAAAAUACAAUGGAGACCGUGGGGAGGAAGGCUUCGUAGGAUUUAUGCGCAACCACCGAGACCAGGAGAAGGUAGUGAAGAAGAAGGAGGAGCUCUGAGGGCUGCAUGCAGGAAGGGGGCGGGGCAAUGCACUGUGACUUUUGAGCCUGGCAAAGUCCAGAUCAGCACUGAAGUGGGAGACUUGAUGACCUCAGCAAAAGGCUAUUUUUUAUACCGCGGAGAUCCUGUUUGUAAUGAUACCAGAGGAGAUCUUACAGGCUGACCACCCACUUGAGACUUCUUUAAAAAAUGGAUAUUCUGAUGGGCACAAAAAUAGACAAGGUUUGUUUUUUUUUCUCAAUCACUGUGACUAAAUAUGUUCAAAGCUACACCCUCUGUAUCUAUGCAAUAGUGACCCCUGCUGAGCCACGGUGGGGGGAGGGUCUGUGUGACCUGACAGUGGUGGUGGCUGGUGGGCCCUAUGGUGGCUGCACCCCCUCCCACUACACAAGGGGUUCUUAUUCUGUCCUGGUUUUCAUCUUAGCAACUGAGACUUGAUGCCACUCAUUACAUCACUGUUAGUCUCUGGUCAUUUACAAUAAACUGACAUUAACAUCUGUAAAACUGUAGAGAGUUUAGACAUUUUGUAGUGGGGUUCUGUGAAGAGAGUAUGAGUAAUUAGUAUCAUAACUGCUGUAGAUAUCUCUUUGAACAAUCUAAGUAGACUGACAAGCUAAUGGCUAGUCCAAGCUGGGCCGAAACUAAACAGGAUUAUGUCAUUUUUAAACUACAUACUACAUAGGGGUAACAUAAUGACCCCCGCACGCACAAAUGCACCAGAACU